AUGGCAGAAUCCAGUGUUUCAGUUCAGCUGUUCAAUCUGUCUGGAUCUACUGAAGGAUCCAGUGACAGUUCCCUGUGGACACAGUUACUUGUGACAUCUGUACUGGGAGAAAAUAUAAAGCUAUCAAAUCCUGUCUGGUUUAUAGACCAGUGCUGUAUAUGUUAUAUGUGUAUGGUGGAUGAACACAAAAACCACAACACUGUAUCAGCUGCUGCAGAGAGGACUGAGAAACAGAAGCAUGUGGAUGACACCCAGAGAAAAUUCCAGCAGAAAAUCCAGGAGAGACAGAAGGAGCUUGAGGAGCUGAGAGAGGCUGUAGAGUCUCAGAAGCGCUCUGCACAGGCAGCAGUGGAGGACAGUGAGAGGAUCUUUACUGAGCUGAUCCGCUCCAUUGAGAGAAGCCACUCUGAGGUGACACAGCUGAUCAGAGAUCAGGAAAAGGCUGAAAUGAGUCAAACUGAAGGACGAUUGAAGCGAAUUGAGCAGGAGAUUGAAGAUCUGAGGAGGAGAGACGCUGAGCUGGAGCAGCUUUCACACACAGACAAUCACAUCCAUUUCCUCCAGAGUUUCCAGUCUAUCUCUGUUCCUCCUGGAUCUACAAACUCACCCUGUCAAACUGUUAGUUCUCGUCUCUCUUUUGAUGAUGUUGGAAAAUCUGUGUCUGAUCUUAGAGAGAAACUAGAGCAUUUCUGCAGAGAGGAGAAAAAAAAGAUAUUUGGUUUCCUUAGUGAGAUACAGAUCAUUCCCACUCAUGAAUAUGAGAGCAGGAAGGAGUUCCUACAAUAUUUCCAGUGAUUUACACUGGACCCAAACACAGCACAUAAACGCCUUUAUCUGUCUGAAGGGAACAGAGUGUUUACUGACACUCAGAAAAAACAGCCAUAUCCCGAUCAUCCAGAAAGAUUUGAUCCUUACCUUCAGGUGUUGUGCAGAGAGAGUGUGUGUGGACGCUGUUACUGGGAGGUUGGAUGGACUGGACAUGGAUGGUUGAGUAUAUCAGUGUCAUAUAAGAGUAUUGGCAGGA